GGCGUCGGGCGGAUAUUUCGGUCCUCGAGGUGCCUGUCAAGUGUCGAUAAGAUCUCCAGUUACUUCUACUGUACUGUUAACUACCUAGGUACUACUUCCCUUUUCUCUCUUGAUCGCGGCACUCAGUCAUGCACCAUGAGAUAGUUCCGAUCUUCUGCACGUCAUGGCGCUUCAGGUUUGUAGCAGAUGUCGCAAACGGAGGAUAAAAUGUGACCUUCAGUUGCCCGCGUGCAAGAACUGCCGUGGGGCAGAUGUUGACUGUUCUUUCUGGGAUGAUUCACUCGGUCAGGAAAUAUCCUGUAGUUAUCUACAUUCUCUCCAGCAGAAGAAACAGCACCUCGAACUGAAACUCCAUGAAGCUACCACAACCGGCAUUGUCAAUUAUGGCGUGCAUUCAGGGCCAUCGUCUGAGCAAGGUUAUCAUCUGAGCCUGCCUGAUGCUGAAGAUACCCUGAGUCCAUCACAGACUGCCUAUCUUGGAGCGGCAAGUUCAGCUCGGUUCCUAGACCGGCUGCUGAAAGCUGCUGUGCAAUGGCAUACAGCAAGGAGCAUGCCAAUCCCAAAGUGUUUAUUUCCAGACGAGACACCAUUCUCGCCUAUAGUACCUCUCGCAACAACACCAUCAUUCUUCACAACUUACGAUCAACGGAAAUUAGAGCUCUACUCAUAUGUGCCGCCCUCUACUCAACGAGCUAUGAUCGAGCACUACUUGAACAUCGUGUCACCGGAAUAUCCGUUGCUCUCUGGUGAGCAAGAGUCGUCUUUACUGGCCCACGAGAAUCCUUUGAGAUGGAGCAGCUCGAACAAGGAAGACCCAAUGGCAUCUGCAUUGAGCAUCUUUUUUGCGGUCUCAUCAGCCCUUGUCACUCGAGAUCUCGAUCCACACAUGUCCGCGAUAUCGUUGCGCUGCAUUGACGAAGUGCAUAGAAUAUCUGAGGGAGAAGCCUCCACCGCAGCCUUGGUGAUGGCGACUAGCUUGAAAUUUACCGCAUUGUGUGCUCUUGCGCUCUGUGAGAUGAUCGACCCCUGUUCCGGGCAGCUUUGGAGCAUCCUUGGACGGGCUAUUUCGACCAUUGAAGACCUCCGUGAAGGCUACCGAUGCCAAAAUAUGGACCUGGAAGGAGACUUUCGAAGAUUAGAAUUUUUGAUUUUGAAGCUGGAAAGCUCUGCUGCCCAAUAUUUUCGGCGUCCUUCGCCCUUCUGCACGAUGCAUCUUAGGACGCUCUUUGCCGACUCCUUCACCACUAACACAAGGUCAGCUGAGCUUUGUACCUUAAGCCAUUUGCAGGAAAUCAUGGAUAUCAUCUCGACAUCGUUGGAGUUGUCAGAGGGCAAUCUGGAGAACCUGAUCCCUAUUACAUUGCAGGUACCAUCGGUCAACACUGGCGUUAGCCUAGAAUCGGCAACCCUCUACAUUGCCUUACAGUCACGCGUAACCGAGUUGGGCCUAUUGAAUCCCAGAGUCGUUCAUGGGCCGCCGUCAAGGCUAUUUCAGAUUGUCGCUAACUCCGCAUCUACUCUCAUCGACCACUUCAUUCGACUCAAUGAAGGCAACAAGCUCAUAAGCGUCUUCAUGGCAGCCGAGAGAGUUUUUGAAGCAGGUUUGGUCUGGUCGAGCUACCUUUUCAGCCACCAAACUGCCAUAACGGCAGGAUAUCAAUUGCCGUCAAGGAUGAGUAUCAAAGUCAUGAUGAAUCCGAUAAUGCGAGUCUCCGCUUUAUUGGCAUCUUUUGCAGCCCGCUGGAAACAUGGCUCCGCAUAUGUAAGAGCAUGGGAAGCGCUUGUGGAGCUACUCUGGAACAUUACAUGAUAUUCACCAUAAUCGGCCGUCCGUG